AUGACCAACACUGCCUGCCUGGCAAGGAAGAAGAAGUUCAAAGGUUCAGAAUUUAGAGUAGAACAAAAUACAAGAGGCUUGCUCUUUCUGAAGGGAAACAGAGAAACAGUGGAUCUGGAUCAGUGGGAAUGUUGGGGACUAGGGAGUUCAGACACGGUUGAGGCUGUGAUUCCACAGUCACAAUUCCCAAACAACUCUCCAGCCAUCACCCCUGAGACAUAUCCCCAACCCUCAAGAGCAGGCCAGGCCAGCAAGAAGAACAGGCAGUUGAACUCAGCCAAAGACUCCCUGAUAAAGCAGAGUGCACACCAGCCAUUAGAAAUCCAGGCUUCAGGAUUCCCUACUUUGUUGAUCUCAAAGAAUUCUUCCAUAAAUCUAACUCAUGGAAAGGGAGAAUGCCAUCCUGCAUUCUGCAUCCCGCAUCCUGCAUCCUGCAGGAGGGCCUUAUCAAAGCCUUACAUCCUUAGUGACAGAAGUUCAGUCACACAAUUAGGUACACAGGGAAUCUUGACAUUCCAGGAUGUGGCAAUUGAUUUCUCUCCCGAUGAGUGGGACUGCCUCGACUUUGCACAAAAGGCUUUGUACAGGGAAGUCAUGUUGGAGAAUUACAGUAACAUGGUCUCUGUGGGUCUUUCAGUGUCAAAACCAGACCUGAUCAGCUUCCUUGAACAAAUCCAAGAGCCCUGGAAUGUGAACAUUGGAGAGACAAAAAGCAAUGAACAAGAUUUAUAUUCUCAUCAAUCACAAGACUCAUUUUCACAGGAGAAUAAACAAGAUUGUAUCCAGAAGUUGGUAUAUGGAAUAGCUCAUAACCACAAACAAGGGAGGCAUUAUAUAAACAAUCAAAAUGUAGAGACACAAAACAAUUAUAUAGAAUGUGGAAAAUGUUUCAACAGGUAUGCAUGCCCUGUUAUGCAUAAGAGAAUUAAUUCCAAAGAGAAGGCAUGCAAAUGUAAAGACUGUCAUGCAAAAUUUCAACAUCACCAGAGAAUCCAUACUGAUGAGAAACCUUACAGAUGUCAAGAAUGUGGCAAGUCCUUUACCUGUGCCUCAGCUCUUCACAGACAUCACAGAAUCCAUACUGGUGAGAAACCUUACAAGUGUCAAGAAUGUGGCAAGUCCGUUACCCAUGUCUCAAAUCUUCAUAUUCAUCACAGAAUUCAUACUGGUGAAAAACCUUACAACUGUCAAGAAUGUGGCAAGUCCUUUUCCCAGGUCUCAAAUCUUCAUAGUCAUCACAGAAUUCACACUGGUGAGAAACCUUACAGCUGUCAAGAAUGUGGCAAAUCCUUUACCCAAGUCUCAGUUCUUCACAGACAUCACAGAAUCCAUACUGGUGAAAAACCUUACAGGUGUCAAGAAUGUGGCAAGUCCUUUACCUGGGUCUCACAUCUUCAUAUUCAUCACAGAAUUCACACUGGUGAGAAACCUUACAGGUGUCAAGAAUGUGGCAAGUCCUUUACCCAGGUCUCACAUCUUCAUAGUCAUCACAGAAUUCAUACUGGUGAAAAACCUUACAGGUGUCAAGAAUGUGGCAAGUCCUUUACCCGAGCCUCACAUCUUCAUAUUCAUCAAAGAAUUCAUACAGGUGACAAACCUUACAAAUGUAAAGAAUGUGGCAAGUCCUUUCACACAAAUUCAAGUCUUGUACUACAUCACAGAAUCCAUACUGGUGAAAAACCUUACAGGUGUCAAGAAUGUGGCAAGUCCUUUACCUGGGUCUCAGCUCUUCACACUCAUCACAGACUCCAUACUGGCGAGAAACUUUACAGAUGUCAAGAAUGUGGAAAGUCCUUUAUCUGGGCCUCUAAUCUUCACACUCAUCACCGAACCCAUACUGGUGAGAAACCUUAUAGAUGUCAAGAAUGUGGCAAGUCCUUUACUCAGGUCUCAUCUCUUCAAACUCAUCACAGAAUUCACACUGGUGAGAAACCUUACAGAUGUCAAGAAUGUGGCAAAUCCUUUACCCAUGUCUCAGUUCUUCAAAGACAUCACAGAAUCCAUACUGGUGAGAAACCUUACAGGUGUCAAGAAUGUGGCAAGUCCUUUACUCAGGUCUCAUCUCUUCAAACUCAUCACAGAAUUCAUACUGGUGAGAAACCUUACAGGUGUCAAGAAUGUGGCAAGUCCUUUACCUGGGUCUCAGCUCUUCACACUCAUCGCAGACUCCAUACUGGUGAGAAACCUUACAGGUGUCAAGAAUGUGGCAAGUCCUUUACCUGGGUCUCAGCUCUUCACACUCAUCGCAGACUCCAUACUGGUGAGAAACCUUACAGGUGUCAAGAAUGUGGCAAGUCCUUUACCCAGGUCUCAACUCUUCACACUCAUCUCAGACUUCAUACUGGUGAGAAACCUUAUAGGUGUCAAGAAUGUGGCAAGUCCUUUACCCAGGUCUCAACUCUUCACAAUCAUCUCAGACUCCAUACUGGUGACAAGCCUUACAACUGUAAAGAAUGUGGCAAAUCCUUUUACACAAAUUCAAGUCUUAGAAAGCAUGACAAAAUUCAUAUAAUGGGUACAUUUCAUGAAAUUUCUUAG